CUUCCUGUUUUCUGGCACUGAUAGUGCAUGGCGGCUUAUCCUAACUCUGUCCUGAAGUGAGGUGGGAAAUCUGUCCAAUAAUCCAGCAUCAGUAAGACAGACAAGGUCUGUGGGCGAUAAAGAAUCCACCAUGAAUGGGCAGCUGGACUUAAGUGGGAAGCUGAUCAUCAAAGCUCAGCUUGGGGAAGAUAUUAGGAGGAUUCCUAUUCAUAAUGAAGAUAUCACCUAUGAUGAAUUGGUGCUCAUGAUGCAAAGAGUUUUUAGAGGAAAACUUCUGAGCAAUGAUGAAGUCACGAUAAAAUACAAAGAUGAAGAUGGAGAUCUUAUAACAAUUUUUGAUAGCUCAGAUCUUUCCUUUGCAAUUCAAUGCAGUAGGAUACUUAAGCUGACAUUGUUUGUGAAUGGACAACCAAGACCCUUAGAAUCUAAUCAGGUGAAAUACCUGCGUCGAGAGCUGAUAGAACUUCGCAAUAAAGUCAACCGUUUACUGGACUCUUUGGAACCACCAGCUGAACCAGGGCUUUCCACUAAUCUGCCUGAAAGUGAUGCUGUAGAUGGUAGGGAAGAAAAGCCUGCUCCUGCUGACUCUAAUGUGAAGCCAUCUACUCAAGUUAUAGCAGCAAGCAUGUCUGCAUUUGAUCCGCUAAAGAACCAGGAUGAAAUCAGCAAGAAUGUCAUGUCAGCAUUUGGCUUGACAGAUGAUCAGGUGUCAGGACCACCCAGUGCCCCUGCAGAAGAGCGAUCGGGAACACCGGACAGCAUUGCUUCCUCCUCUUCUGCAGCCCACCCCCCUGGUGUUCAGGCGCAGCAGCCAUCCUACCCCGGAACACAGCCACAAACUGGUCAGGUGGAAGGUCAGAUGUAUCAACAGUACCAACAGCCUGGUUAUCCUGCUCAGCAGCCACAGGCUCAGCCUCAGCAACAGUACGGCAUGCAGUACCCAGCGGGCUACAGCCAGCAGCAAGCCCCCUCGCAGCAAGCCCAGCAGUUCCCGGCCUACAGCCAGCCG